UUCCUCUGUUCGCUGGGUUUGACUUCAUCAUGGUCGCCUUUUCCCGUAUCUCCACCGGUCUUCUGGUCCUUGCGGCCCCAGCUUUGGCCGAUGUGGUCUUUGAGAAGAUCCAGGCUGUGCCCAACAACUGGUCGUUGGUUGAAGAAGCCGAUGCCAGCUCGAACAUCACUCUAUCCAUUGCCUUGACGCGCCAGAACCUCGACCAGCUGGAGUCCAAGCUGCUGGCCGUGUCGACCCCUGGGCAGAGCACCUACGGCCAGUACCUCGACGCUGACGAGGUCAACGCUCUGUUCCCUCUGGCCGACUCCACUGCUGUGGUCUCGUGGCUUGCUGAAGCCGGGGUCACCGACAUCUCUCACCAGGGUGGGUUGAUCAGCUUCGCCACGACGGUGGGCACGGCCAACAAGCUGCUCAACACCACCUUCUCCGUCUAUGAGAAGGCAGGCACCCAGAAGGUCCGCACCACUCAAUACUCGGUGCCCGACAGUUUGACUGGCUCGAUCGACCUGAUUGCUCCCACCGUCUUCUUCGGCAAGACGCGCGCCGAACGCGCUGCCGCGAUCCAGGCUGUGAAGGUGACCACAAGGUCGAGCAGCAGUACCUCGGCCUCACAGUACAUCACCCCCUCCUUGUUGAAGCAACAGUACAACAUUGACUACACCCCGAAGGCGUCCUCCGGUAGCCGCAUCGGCUUUGGAAGCUUCUUGGGGGAGUCCGCCCUGUAUGCGGACCUCGAUCUCUUUACCGAGCGCUUCGACAUUCCGCAGCAGAACUUCACCGUGGAGCUGAUCAACGGUGGGAUCAACAACCAAGACUACGACGGGGGUGAGGCCGACUUGGACGUGCAGAACAUUGUUGGCAUCUCGCAUCCCCUGCCGGUGGUGGAGUUCAUCACUGCUGGGUCGCCUCCCUUCAUUCCCAACGUCGCGGAGACCACCGAUACCAACGAGCCUUAUCUAGAAUAUUAUGAGUAUCUAUUGAACAAGACCAGCGACGAGCUGCCGCAGGUGAUCACCAACUCUUACGGUGACGAUGAGGACACUGUCCCAUAUUCCUAUGCCACUCGCGUUUGCAACCUGAUUGGGUUGAUGGGCGUCCGCGGUAUCUCGGUCCUCGAAUCUUCUGGCGAUUCCGGGGUUGGUGCGGCCUGUCUGUCGAAUGAUGGAACGAACACGACUCAGUUCACCCCCGAGUUCCCCGGAACAUGCCCCUACAUCACUGCCGUCGGAGGCACCCAGGACAUCCCCGAGAUUGCCUGGGUGGACAGCAGCGGCGGCUUCAGCAACUACUUUGCUCGCCCGUCCUACCAGGCUGAUCAGGUCGAAACCUACCUGGAGCAGCAUAUCUCCUCCGCGGUCAAAGAGUACUACACUCCGUUCGUCAACUUCUCUGGGCGAGCUUUCCCGGACGUUGCCGCCUUUGCGGGUGCUCCCUACUACGAGACCUAUAUCAAUGGUGAGCUCGAACUGGUUGGCGGUACCUCAGGGGCGAGUCCGGUCGUUGCUGCCACUAUCGCACUGCUCAACGACGCUCGCCUGCGCGCGGGGAAGACGUCUCUGGGAUUCCUCAACCCCUGGCUCUAUUCUAGCGGCUACAAGAGCUUGAACGAUAUUACCGGGGGCACAGCGACUGGAUGCGAUGGCAGCACGGCGGGCGGAGGCUAUAUUCCCUGGGCCAGCUGGAAUGCCACCGUGGGUUGGGAUCCCGCCACCGGUCUGGGAACCCCCGACUUCGCCAAGCUGAAGACGGCGGUGCUGGCUUUGUAG